AUGCGUUCGACCUGUUUAUACUGCCACAAUGUGACAUUCAAUACAGUAAACGGUAGAGAAUUAGCAUUGCAUAUACUCAACAAUCACCAAUUUGCGACUCUAGAAGUCGGAUCUUCUCAAGUGGUUGCCGAAAGAUUAAAAUUGAAUUUGAAUUACUUAGAAAACGUUUUUUGUUCAAACCAAGAACAUAUUGAUCUUAAUGAUAAUAAUGAACUACGUAUAAAGGUUUGUAAAGUUAUAGAUGAGCCUAAAAUACUAUUAAAUAAGUGGAUAAUUCCUUGUGACAAAGAUAAAGUAAAUGAGGAAGUCGACGAACUUUCCCAAAUAAAUUAUAAAGUUGACGAACUUCCUCAAAUAAAAAUAAAACACAAGAGAUUUGCACAUCAAAAAAAUGUAUCUUUGAGUCAACCUGAAAAAAGGAAAAAUGUUUGUGAUAAAGAAGAGAUAUUUCUUCAAACAAUGAAAAAACAAAAAAUAACUGUACAUAAACAAGAUUCUUCGAAAAACGUUAUGCCAUCAAAUAAUGAUAUCUUGCAACAAAAUAAAAACCAGCUUGAAGAGAUGAACACGUCCUGUGAUGAAGACGAAGUGAUGAAGAAUAUUUUUCAAAUGAUGACAAAGCAAAAUAGAAUUGCACGUAAACAAGAUUCUUGUAUAAACCCACCAAAAAAGACGAAAAUUGCGUGCGAUGAAAAACAAACCCAAAAUGAAGUUGACCAAUGGCCCCAAAUAAAAAGAAAAACAAGAAUUGCACACGUACAAACAUGUUCUAAAAAUAUUGCGUCAUUAAAUGGUACUUUAAAGCAGAAUUUAAAACCACGUGAAAAAGGAGAAGGUACCAGUUAUAAUAAUAUUGAUGAACCGCAAUUACCGGGUGUUUCGGUAAAUAUACAAAAACGGAAACAACCUGCAAAGCCACAAAAAGGCAAAUCAAAACUAAUGAAAAUUAAAUAUGUUUUGAAUAAGUAUAAUCCAAAUGGUAGGUAA